AUGAAGGUGUCAUCGAUGAAUUCGGAGGCCCCGAAUCUCUCUCAUCAUCCAAGAGGUGCCCCCGCACUCCAACCAAAAAUCGGCGAAGUUGUGAUCAAGGUCAACACCUUUGGCAUCAACCAUGCCGAGAUGCUCGUAACUCCUGGAAGUACUGAAUUCAAUCACAGCUUGCGUCUACCAAGACUUGACAUGAGCUUCUCAAUUGCCGCUGCACUCUUCGCGGCAUCUGUGCUCGCUCAAACACCACCUGGCAGCUCCCCGUCGACGAAGAAUAACCUGGGAGCCGCGUAUAAAAAUGCAACAAUCUUCCCUGGUGUCUGGAUCGACCCAAGUUACGUCGCUAACCAGCCGAUUUUCUACACAACGGACAAUAAGAAGCAUGAGCAAGACGAUGACAGCAAAUACAUGAUCAUGAUGCUGGACUUGAAUAUCCCGGACUCCGAAGUUACGACACCUGCAUAUUAUGACACGCUGGUUCCGGGUCUUGCACUCGACACAACCACUCGUCUGCAUUGGUGGAGUGGAAACUAUACGAUCGGCAGACACGGCCUCUUUCUCGGCUCCAGCGAUGCCCUGGCCGAGUACACUGCGCCGCGAUCUCAUGGCAGCUCCAACCACACCUACGCCCUGUACUUGUUUGAUCAACCUGCUGGUUAUGAGGCUCCUGCGGAGGCCCUUGAUGGGACUUAUUACCCCCGGUCUGCCUCGGCGCGCUUCAAUUUUACGCUGGCUCCGAUUGUCAAGGAGGUCGGUCGGCCUCUUGCGGCUACUUAUUUCCUGACCAACAACCCGUAA